AUGGCGGCUCUGGGCAACUGGAAGACAUGGCGGCGUGCGAGGAGGUGCCGCGGCUGCAGGAAUCAACAGAUCUUUGUGGUUUGUCUCCUGGCGGUGGCUUUGGUGGUCCUCCUUCUGGGCCCCCGCCACAGUCGACUGAACAGAUACACCCACUUCAACGAGACAAAUUUCACCUUCCUCUACGACUGGGAAGCUUUCGAGGCUUUCUUCCCGCAGCUCCAGCAGUACCAGUGUCAUGAGCUGGUCUCUCAGGAGGACCUGUGCCAGAAGGACCUCUCCCCAAAGGGCCCCCCACUGCUCCUCCUGGCCAUCAAGUCCCACCCGGCCUCCCACAGUCGGAGGGCCAUCCUGCGCCGCACCUGGGCCCAGCCGAGAGAGACGGGGGGCUUCCAACUCAGGUAUGUCUUCCUCAUGGCCAUGGAUCACCAACCCAACAUGGCACUGCUUGAAAGCAACAGCAUUGGAGACAUCUUGAUGUGGGAUUUUGUGGAGUCGCACCACAACCUGUCCCUCAAAGAGCGAUGCUUCCUUCAGUGGGUGCACCAGCACUGCCAGCAAGCCGCCUUCAUCUUCAAAGGUGAUGACGACCUCUUUGUCAACAUCGAGGCGCUCACUCAAUACCUUCACCAGACGCCUGACGUUUCCAAAUUCAUCCAUGGCCACAUUCACUACCAUUCGAGAGUAGUAAGGCUGGGAAAGUAUGCCGUGCCCUUGGAUUUCUACCCGCUGAAGGAGUACCCCAACUUUGCCUCUGGCGGGGGGUUCAUCAUGUCCCAGACCAUCAUCUCAAAACUCUACAGUGCAUCGUUGUGGCUGCCAGUCUACCCGCUGGACGACGUUUAUCUGGCCUUCUUGGCCUUGGCGUCAGGGAUCCAGUACCGGCACAACGAGCACUUCCGCGUGUGGGGUCCUCCAAGGGACGAGUUUGAUGUGUACCUAGACUCGGUGGUUGUGCACGGAAUCUCGAUGGAGAGGAUUGAGGAAGUGUGGAAGCAUACCCAGAAAGUUCUGGCGUGGAAGAAGCGAUCCCUCACCACCCAGACCAUCAAAACGACUACUACCACUACCACUACCACUACCACUACCACUACCACUCAAAGCGACCCCCCUGUGGUCUGCGCGGAUGGCUCUGUGAUGGAAUUUUAAGCUUUGUUCUGUCCUUUCCAUGUUUUAGAGAUGUGUCUAAAGCAGGAAUGGGCAAACUCUGGCCCUCCAUGUGUUUUGGACUACAACUCCCACCAUUCCUCACAGCCUCAGGACCCUUCCUUUUCCCCCUCAGCCACUUAAGCCUUUGUAUUGUCGAAGGCUUUCAUGGCCGGAAUCACUGGGUUGUUGUAGGUUUUUUCGGGCUAUAUGGCCAUGGUCUAGAG